GACAUUCAAUUACUGAGAGAGUGCAUAUCAGCAUGGGCUCAUGGUCAUGGAGUCACCGGCCGCAGCUGCGGAGGUGUGAUUGUGUUUACGCAAAAGGCCACCUGAAAGUGACUGUAUAAAGCAUGCAGCAGCGUUCAAAGGGACCCCUCAGGCAAGGAGGUUACAACAUCAUGAUCAGGAGCUCGAAAUGACCACGUAUGCUGCGAACAAUGCCUGAAGCGACAACUUUGUGGCCUGGCUUUAGUCCAACAUACAACUUUACGCCGUCCGUCGAUCGCAAGUACUGUUCACGAUGCGAGCGCCCAGCACAACGGCCUUUCUCUGGCUGUUUUUGAUCAGUUUGUAUACGGUCUUGUUGCACCACAACGUCACUGCUACAGCUGUUCGCACUAAAAGGCCCUCCAGUUCUCAAGUCCCCCACAGUCGCAAGCGUCCAAAGCUUGGGACUUCAACUAGUGCACCAGCCGCAGGAGGGACCGUGAUCCCAUUGCCAGGUACAGCCAAGCACUCAUCGCACUCAAACGACCCAAACGACGAAGGGAAUGAGCCAGAGUGCCGCAAUGUGUCGGUUGGUUAUCACAUCAUGUUCAACCCUGCGGAGGAGUCAGCAAAUGAGCCAGAAACGAGUGGAGUCCGACCUAUCCAUUCUCCUAGUACAUUGGCCUUGGCUAGCAGAGAACCUUGCUUUACGCCUUGUGAACGCAAAAUCACCGAUUUUAUAAACAAUGUGGCCCGGGCAGCGAAAGCAAGAACGGAACGACCUCCUAAAUGCUGGGCGAGCCGCAAAUUCAGUGUUGUGCAGCGAAGAGCAAGAUCAGUGGGGUGCGACGCUUCACUGGCUCUAGGCUGCUCCUUGCCACCCCUGUGUGAGUGCACUUUCAACUUGAUGGUUCCAGACCAAAUGGACGACGAGAACAAGAGCGCUGCAUACUCAACGAAGUCAAUCUGCGAUCUACAUUAUUUUCCCGCGAUCAUAUCCAUUGAUCUGGUCUCUAUAGGCAAAGAUCCCAGGACGCAGUUCACGAAUCUGCAGCUGCAAGGCAGGGCAGCUGUAGCUGAGCAAAGUUGGCCACUUUUUGGAUGGAGGUCCAUGCCGGGGAAAGCUGUCCAGGUUGCAGGACCUUAUUCUUGCCCCAAGCCAGAGAAGACGCUCCCAUCUUGGAAAUCAAGAGAAAGCAGGGCGAAUAAGAUUGUCAAGGAAAUUUGUCUUUGUCCCAACAAUCAAGCCUAUGGUCUCGAGGGGGAUCCUCUGUGCAGUCAUCGGGAGUUGGUAUGCGAGACAAUCACCAUGACUCAGGCCAUGGACAACUUGCGAAGGGGUGGAGGUGAUCUGUUGGGUAUUUACAUGGGAAGGUUUCCCCAGCUGAAGGAAUAUGUGGAACCCAUUCCAGGCACUGCAAUAGCGGCCAACCAAGUUCAGCGACAAGACUGGGAAAGGAUGCUCCCUGCAGCUGCUUCGAACCUUGCAAAAGGUCUGACUUUCGACCUCAACCUAGCUGCUCCAGAAAAUGACGAGGAUGGCCAUGAGCUUUGACAUGCUCAGGGUCUGAU